AAAGAGGGCUGUGUUGACCUACAGGCUGGGUCUUGGCAUCCUGUCAAACUGCUGUGCAUACUGACAUAAAAAUAACAGCCUGGAAACAGAGGCCGAGGCAGUCUGCGGGACUCCAUAUGGAAGAUAAAGCCAUCAUGCAGGUGCUGACCAAGCGCUACCCCAAGAACUGCCUGCUGACUGUCAUGGACCGGUACUUGGCCGUGGUGAGCAACAUGGAGCAGGUGGUGAUGAUCCCCAGUCUUCUGCGGGACAUGCAGCUGAGCACACAUGGGUACCAGGCCCAGGCGGGCACCUCUGAUCUCUACAGCUACUUCACCAUGCUCAAGGCCAUCCGCAUAGAUGUGGAGCACGGGCUGCUGCCCCGGCAGCAGUGGCAGGCCAAGGUGGCAGGUGGCAAAGCCGACGGAGCUGAGACUGAAGCUGGAGAGAUGGAAGAGGCUGAGGAGGAGAGCGUGUUGGGGCAGCUGGACCUGGAAGCCCAGUUCCACCUGCACUUCGCUAGCCUUCAUCAUAUCCUCACCCAUCUUACCCUGAAAGCUGAGGAGGUGACAAGGAGAUACCAGGAGAAAAUGGGACAGGCCAUGUAGGAAAGCUUACUCCACGACAGAAGGCAGUCCCUAUGAUGAAGACAUGGUGCAGUUUGCUAGCCUGAUGACGCUAAGACCAGAAAGACCUGGACCUGCAACUACAAGCGAUGAUUUGGAUGUCUGGGAAUCCUCCCUACCUUCCUCUGAGCAUCAGUUCCUGGACUCAUCACCGCGUCACCGUUAGGCUGCCUGCUGCUGUUCACAACUCCUCGCUCCUCUUACUAGCUUGGGGUGGAAGCCAGUGAUUCAUGAGGGACCAUAUGUCUGUCACCUGGUCAGUGUGUUACAGUAGAAACAGAAGUUCUAGCAUCUGACUAACCGAAGUUCACAUCCUUCUCUCUUGGCAGUCAUUAACUGCAAUCGUGGCCUAAAUUUCCUCAUCUAUAAAAUGGAGAUGGUGUUAACCUAUCUCAUGAAGUUGCUUUGAAAAUUAAACAGUAAGUCAAAAGCA